GAAUCAAAAAUUUCAACGACUGUGUGUUCUAGUCGUCAUAAAAGCAAAAAAUUUCCAUUUAUAAUACGGUCGCCUUCUAUGCCACAAAGUGACGCAUAAAAGACAACCGAAAGAUUGAUUUUUUCUUUAAAAACUUGAAAAGACAUACAUAUAUAUAACAUUUCUGUGAUUUCUUGUGAGAAAAACUAGCAGAAAAAAAUCAAAACAAAAUGAUGAAAUUAAUUGUGACCUUAUGUAUUUUGGCCGUAGGAUCGCAAAUAGUUCAUGGAGAAAUGAAAUGUUCUAUUGGCAAUCCAGAUUUGCCUACAGAGUGGAUUGACCUACGAGGUGAUUGUUUGAAGGCUAUGCGCGAUCAAAUACAGAAAGAGAUCGAUGCUUCUUACACUUAUUUGGCCAUGGGCGCCCAUUUUGCACGCGAUACAAUCAAUCGCCCUGGUUUUGCUGAACACUUUUUCAAGGCAGCGAAAGAAGAACGUGAACAUGGCGCCAAGUUGAUUGAAUACCUUUCAAUGCGUGGCCAAUUGACCGAUGAUGUGACUGAUUUAAUAACAGUUCCCACUGUCUCUAAACACGAAUGGUCCAGUGGUACUGAAGCUCUUGAAGAUGCAUUACGCUUGGAAACCGAUGUGACAAAAUCCAUACGUAAACUUAUACAGACUUGCGAGCGAAAGCAUAAUUAUUAUCAUUUGGUUGAUUGGUUGACUGGCGUUUAUUUGGAGGAGCAAUUGCAUGGUCAACGUGAUUUGGCCGGAAAAAUAAGCACACUUAAGAAAAUGAUGAACAAUCAUGGCGGUUUGGGUGAAUUCUUAUUCGAUAAAGAAUUGUAAACUUUUUGUCCAUCCACCAUUCUAUUUAUACUAAAGGAACUUACUCACUUCUCUGUUAAUAAUUGGUUAUAUAUAUAUAAAUAUUUACAAAUUAUAUGCACAAGAAUUUCUUCAAACUGUGCUUUUGUUAUCGGACAAAAUGUAAAAGAAAUGAUUUAUCUUUUGGAAGAUGCUUAAGUAACAUUAAGUAUUGCUUAUUAAUUACAUAGAUUUACUUUACUUUAUUUUGCUUUAAUAAAUUUCGUACUAUUUUUUUUUUUUUCAUUUGACAA